CCUGGCAGGAGCAUCGAAGCUACUUCCGAGGCUUUGCCCGAGGCUUUGCCCGAGGCUUUGCCGGAGAGCUUUUUUCCACCAGGUCUGCGGGCUGCCGGUCCAUUUCCAGAAUCUCCAGCGUUAAGGAAAGGUCGGGCCAUCUACAGAGCUGGAGUCGGAGGCUUCAGGCCGAUGCCCACAGCCGUCGAGAUUCGCUCCAUGGGCGGCAAGGAUGGUCUCGUCAGACUCUUCGGCUUCCAUUACCGCCGGCUCUUUCAGGAUCCUCGCAUGUCUGUGUUGUUUGACGUAUCUCACCAAGACUCCAAUGUGAGCGCUGCAGCCCAUGGAGAGCGGUUGGCUCUUGCCUUGCUGGGACGUUGGGUGGGCCUCAAGGACUACGCCAGGCUGCGAGGAGGAGACCUCUUCUCCAACCUCGAGGGGGCGCACCAGCGUGCGAAGCGCUGCCCCUUGCGCUCCGCAGAAACUCGUGGUCGCGGUUUCACAGAAGAUCAGCGAGACAGUUGGCUAGGACAUGUCUGGCUGGCAGCCGAAGAAGCAGGCAAUGAUCAGAAGUUGUGCGACAAGCUUGCCAUCCACUUGGCAAGUGUCAUCGAUGUGUACGCGCCUUUCCUUGCCUCAACGGAAGCUUGA